AUGACUUUCCUUCCAAAGUGGUUAACUUUUCUAAAAGGCAAAGAGGUUGUUAUUGCUAAUGCUAUAAUUGCAAUAUUGACGAUUGGUGGGCAGCAGCUUUUCUCUUUUUUUACAUUCAGCUGUCCCUGUCAUGUUGGGCAGAACCUUACCUAUGGGUUGGCUUUCCUAGGAGUUCCUGCACUGAUCCUUCUGCUUGUUGGCUAUGCCCUGAAUAACCAGACUUGGAGGCUGGUUACAGGCAAAAGGUCUCCUCUUCAGGAGACUACACCUAACCGGUUACUGCAAUGCAAGCUGAUCUGCUUUGUUUUGUGCAGCAUCACUGGGAGAGCACUGGUUGCUCCAGUAACAUGGCUAGCAGUCACCCUGAUAAAUGGCUCAUAUUAUGUCUGUGCCGUCAGUGAGUAUGUCUCCGUGCAUUAUGAUGGAGCUAACCUUAAUGUCACUGCUAGUGAACGCAGAAGAAUAUUGGCUGCGUUUCCAUGCAGCCAGUUAGUUCCUCCGGAGCUGACCCGGGCAAGAGAUGAAGUGAUUCUCCUACUCCGAUACCAGUCACAAGUGGCUGGCUGGCUUCUGAUUGCUGUGGUAGUCAUCACUGUCUUCCUGUCUUACUGCCUGGCAAGCUGUUUCUCCCCACUCAGCUUUCUACACUUCAGAUACUGGAGCAGCUAUGUCCAUAAUGAGCAGGAGCUCUUUGAUGAAGCUACAGACCAGCACUCCAGGCUCUAUGCCAUGCAGCACGUAAGGAAGUUCUUUGGCUUUGUCCCAGGGAGUGAAAACGUAAAGGAAAUCCGCAUCCCGUCUCUCAGAGAGUGGCAAGCCAUUUCUGGACUGGCCUUUCUAAAACAAGUGGAUGAGGAGCACUACGACUACAGCCUCCUCCAUGACUGGGCACUCAAGGAAUCUGUAAAUGGAAAAUACUUGAAGACUGAUGAAGAUUCUGUGAUCAGAACACAGCUCUGA